AUGCCCAUCCUAACCUUCAUCGCGCGCGUCUCCGAUGGCAUGAUCCUCGUGGCUUCGAUGGAGUCUGCCGGCGACUACCACGACAACCUCGACACGUACAAGCAGCAGGGCAAGCAAAUCAUGAAGAAGCUCAAUCAGCGAUCACCGACCAAGUGCAGCAUCGAGUCGGGCCCGUACUGCUUCCACUACCUCAUCGAGGAGGGCAACUGCUACCUUACGUUUUCGGACAAGAACUACCCGAAGCGCCUUGCGUUCUUGUACCUCGAGGAAAUCCAUGCCGGCUUUGUCGACGAGCUGCAGCGGGACCACGGAGACAACUGGCGAGACACGGUCACGACGAUUGCGCGGCCGUAUGCGUUCAUCAAGUUUGACAAGUUCAUUCAGCGCAAGCGCAAGGAGUACACGGACCCCAGCUCGUCCCAGAACAUGUCCAAGGUCAACAACGACCUUGCAGAUAUUCACAACGUCAUGCGCAAGAACAUCCAAGAAGUGCUCAACCGCGGCGAAGCCAUUGACCGCGUCUCGCAAAUGUCGUCCAACCUCGCCGACCGCUCGAAGGAUUUUAAGUGGGGCGCGAAGAAGCUGAGCCUCCAGGCCAUGUACCAAAAGUACGGCCCACUGGUCGCGAUCGGUCUCUUCAUCGUGCUCGUACUCUACUUCAAGUUCUUUUAA